AUUGUUUUCGUUUGAUGGUUCAACCACAAACAUAACCAGUAGCCCAUAACACAGCGCUUUAGCUUGUUUAGUUUUUCAAGCAUGCAAUUCUUGUCAGUGGGUUUACCGGCCAAUAAGGUUCCGGUUCGGUCACUGAACAUGAACCCAACAAGAAUGUCAAUGAAGGACCCUGGCAACAUGGCUGUGGUGGCUGCUCCCAAAUGGGCCCAGAAAACCAUUACUUUGCCUCCUCACAAACGCGGUUGUCAUCUCGUUACUCCAAAGAUAGUGAAAGAAAUUGAACAAGAUUUGUCUGGAUUCAAGUGUGGCCUAGCUCAUGUAUUUUUGCAUCACACAAGUGCUUCUCUAACCAUCAAUGAGAAUUAUGACUAUGAUGUUCGGGAUGAUACAGAAACGUUCCUAAAUCGGAUAGUUCCUGAGGGGCCAUCUGCACCUUGGAGGCAUACUAUAGAGGGCCCAGAUGACAUGCCUGCACAUAUCAAAUCAUCUAUGUUUGGUUGUGCACUCAUGAUACCUAUUACGAAUGGAAGGCUUAACAUGGGAACAUGGCAGGGUAUAUGGCUUUGUGAGCACCGGGAUUAUCCUACACCCCGCACAGUUGUCGUCACUCUUAAUGGAAUAUGACAUGCUAUACAAAAGGCCUCCUUAUCUCUGUUUUCAAGUAGGUCAAUAUUUCUUGAAUGUAAUCUUUGUUGUAAGUUUAUAGCUAGAAAACCACCACUUGACAUAUGUGUUUCGAUACCAAUGCCCUGAAUCAUUUAGGUAAUGACAUCAACCGAAAUCAAUUCUUCACCAUGACUUUGCGUAAAGAAUGAAUAUAUCACCCAUUCACCCUU